AGUUGCAGAUUUCCCUUUGGAGCCAACGGACCGUUUGCGAAGUUGUGGAUUUGGCCUGUGCCAUUUUUCGGCUUGGGCAGGAGUGAAGUGCAUUUCAUAUUCACCCACCCCACCCCCGGGGAAAAGUGCAUUGUUCACGAAAAAGGAUACAUUUGGGGAAUUUUUCAAUUUUUUUUCGCGAAGAUUUUCCAACGAAUAAAAAAUUAUGUGAAUAUUAGAAGCAAUUGUAAAUCUCCCCAAAAAAAACAUUUUAAAAGUGUCCUGCAGGAUUUUUUUUCUUCCUCUGUAGGGAGGUCAAAAGUUGAAACACAGAGAGAAAUAUUUUCAUUUUUAUUCCGUUGCGAAAUGUGAAAAUGAUCGAGGGUGUGCUUUUUGCUUUAUAAUAUUAUUAUUGAUUGAAUCAAAAAAGGGUGGUUGUAUAUUAUUAAAAAAAAAAUACGUUGUUGGUGUGCCAUAGGGUAGAGAAAUGCAUUAAUGUGCAUUCGUGGUGCGACUGUUCAGAAUUUAUGUUGAAAGAAAAAUUGUGAUAGAUUUUCGGUGAUAUGUGUUUGUGAGGGAAUUCCACGUCCUUACGGAAUAAAAAGGAUUUUCUUAUAUUUUUUGAGUGGGAAGGAAAAGGCGAAGAGACCUUUCGAAAGGAGGACUCCCUGCAGCAUAGCUCUGGGGGUGCUGUGAAUAAUUUCACAACAAAAACCUUUUCUUUUCGCCACCCACCCACCAAGGCAGAGACCCCGUGGGGUGGUGAAGGCGGUGGAAUGGCUCAAAUCAAUUAUGUAAUUCCAGUUUUGAGUGUCCUUAUGGGAUUUGCAGCCAGCCUUGAGGAGGACUGCAUAGACUUUCAGGGAAAUUCCGUGGCACACGGAUUGCUGUACGUUCCCGGACCAGGAGUCUGCAGUCUGUGCGUCUGCUACCACUCCGAACCGCUUUGGUGCAAAGCUAUUUACUGUGAUCCCCCCUAUUUCUGCAAAAACUUCCGCGUCGGCGAGAGAUGCUGCGAAUUUGAGUGUCUUGAUCCUCCGGGCGAGGAUGAAAUGUACCAAGCACGACUACGGAAGCGUGCGGAAAUCCUGGCAGGUGGUCGUGCAAAUCCCACAGCACUCGCCACAAGCCUCCCUCUAAUUGCCAUUUGGAGUCCUUUAGUGCUGUGGCUCCUUCGGCAAAUGCAUAUUUCAUAGCUGGGAAAGCAGCGGACCCCUUAAGACGUUGUGCGUGUGUUAAAAAAAAACCUUUCAGGAUUCAUCACAUUAACAAUAUUAUUAUAAAAUAACUUUUUACCGAAGAUUAUGAGGAAAAAAGCAUAGAAAUGCGAGUGAUUUUUCAGAAAAAAAAAUAAUAAAAUAAAAUAAAACCAAAUUGUAUUUGCGUAACUGCUAACUUUGGCAAUUUUGCGUGCCAGAAGAUGCUCACAGGUUUUCAACAAAACAAAAAGUAUUUACUAUAAACUCUGACGAAUACGUACGUGAGAACAAAAAAUCAUUGUAGAUUUAGCAAAAUGUGGUUCCCUCCACAGACUCAAGCUAUAUUGUACUUCUCAUCUUUUAAAGGACACAAAAAAAAACAUUGGAAUACGGGAGCGAAGAACGUGCAGAUCUUGAGAAGAUAUAAAAAUAAAUAUUUAAUACCGAGUUUACGCUUUAUCUAAUCAGAUACACACCCGAACUGAAUGAAAUCAAUAGGAAAAAAAGUAUUAUUAAAUUGUUCGAGCACGUUAAAGUUGCAUGCGAUAAAUGAUUGACAAGAUAUGGUUUUCAGAGGGCAUCAAUUAAAUGAAAAUACGAUCAAAACACACAAACUAUUGCUAAAAAAAAAUGAAGAAAACAUGAGUAUUUCGUAGUACGAAUACUGAAAAAUUGUAUACUCCUUAAGUCAUCUUAGUUAUUAGAAUAAAUUUAAAAAAAAACGAUAAUAAGGAUGAAAAUGUGAGGGUGUGAUGAUAAAAUAUUUCCAAAGACAAAAAAAACUUCACUGGGAAAAAUGAAAUUGAUCACAACGAAUCCAAUCGCAUAAAACCAAUUAAAGAAAAUUUCCUACUAAUUCUUUUUCCUAGAUUAGAUUUUGUCCGAAAAAAGGAUUUAAUUUCUAACGUUCCUAAUAUUUUCUGGACUCUGAAAAAGAUAAGAAAUCACCAAAAAAUAUUGAUUUCAUUUUUACCCAGUGUAUGCUCUCAAUAAUAUUUUUGGACCAAAAAUUAAAAGAAAAUGAUUGUUCUCCACUCUAAAGGACUCUAAAUGCGAUAAAUUUCUCUAUAAAAAUCUCAUUAAAAAAUAAACGAAAUUGUUGACUUCUUUCCCUUAAAAAAGGAUUAAAAAAAAAGAAAUCUUGAAUCAUUAAAAAAAAAGUUUUAGACGUAGAAAGGACAAAAAGAUGAUGACGUUCUGUAUGCGAUUUUAUAUAGUGUAAAAUAGAAAGAGGCACAAUUCUAUUUAAUUUUGAGUACCAAGAAGCACAAUUUGCAACAAUUGCGUCAAUAUAAUUUAAGUUAACAAUUCAAUUGUGUCUUUUGCCGUCUUAUAGAGUGAAUCAGUCUUUAUUAUAUAGGCCAUACGACGUUCUAUUUAUUUAAUUAAAUAACCAUUACACGGUUAGUUGGAUGCAAAUUGUUGUUCACAAAAUAAAUCCUAUUUUGUCAAUAUAAUUUUGCUCUCUUCUUCACCUUUUUGGUGGCUGUGAUCUCAAAAUAUUUGUGGUAAUAGGUGGUAAUCUUCACAUCAAGCGAGAAUAAAAAAAUUAACAUGAUGCGAAUGCAAUAAAAAAGGAUUAAUCAUUUUUUUUCAGUGAGAAUUUUCUUUUGAUGAAGAAAAAAAUGCUUCUUUUGAUGUACAUACAUAAAAUGAAAAAAUAAAAAAUAAAGAGAAACCAAAGAAUUUUUCAAACAUUGCUAAACAAAAUGAAAGAUUCGCCUUUAAUGCUUUAAAGAAAUAAACCAGAAAAAUAAGAUCAACAUUCAAUAAAGAAGUUAUAAUAACACAUCAUAUAUAUUAAACUAACAUUGAUGACUUAUAUUAUACCUUACUAAUGGACUAUUUGUAGUUUGAGAUUUUAAUUAAAUAAAAAUUACUACAAUAGAAAGAAAAAA